CAGUCAUUGAUUCAACGCAGCCUUGAAAUGCAUGAACAGAGUCCAGGAGCCAAGAAGAUUUGGAUGGGCUUAGUCAUUCCUGUAGAGUAUCUUCUGUUUCCAGAAGGUGUCAAAAAGUGACUCCAGCAGAGAUAGUCUUUUAGCCAGAUGUGUAAUGCAAGCAGUCUGCUGAAUCUUUCAUACCCGCGGCCCAACGAUGGUACUGGACCUGAAGUUAUUGGCCGUUUUAUGUAUUCUUUUAAUGAUAAAAUCAGUUCUUUAAAAUACAUUUUCAAAUGUUCCGAGUUAGCCCUCCUUAUGUCGUCAGCUCCCGGCAUCUGUGGUAGAACAGUCAGAAGCAGCCUUGUUAUGUCCUGUACUCGUGCUCCUUCGUAGCACAGGGGUUUUGCCUUGGGGACCGACAUGUUUCUCACCAUAGAGCUGCCUAUGAUGACAGCUGGUGGUGUUGAAUGGACCGGUCUCUCAGGCAGUCUCACGGUCGGGUGAGGCUGGGAGCUCCGAGAAUCUGAACCCGAGGUAGAACCCACCGGAGAGGGAGACAGAUCCGAGGUUGCAACGUGCAUCCAUGAAUACACGCCACUGCAGAAAUGCAACGUGCACCCAGCUCGAAUGCACCGAGUGUGUGUGUGUGUGUGUGUGCCCAUUUGCUUUGAACUAAGUGGAAUUAUACUCCUGCUGAACUCCGCCCAUGUUGAGCUUGCUCCUUUUCGCGUCAUCAAAAGUCGACGCUGAACUUUUGACGUAUAGAACGUGUUCACCAUAAUAAAUGCUGUGCUAAAACAAGUGACAACAAGGUGGCGUUUGUAUUCUUAUCAACAAAUAUUGGUGUAGUUAGCAAGUGUUUUGUCGGCAUUGUAAAAAAAUAAGGAAGACGGAAAGAGCGAAGGAAAAUUGAGCAGAAAAGGGCCAGACCAUGGCGUCUGCUAGUGUGGAUUCCAAGGCAGAGCUGACCUCUCUGCUGGAGCAGUGGGAGAGGGAGCAGCAGGCCAGCACACCGGACCUGGUCAACAUCCUGACUAAGAUUUCAGAGCUGGUGGAGAGGGAGACUGAGGAAUAUCACAAAGCUGAUCCGGAUCCUUUUGAUGACAGGCACCCUGGGAGAGCGGAUCCGGAAUGCGUCUUGGGUCAGCUGCUAAAGAUCCUGUUCAAAAAUGAUGACUUCAUGAAUGCUCUCGUUAAUAGCUAUGUGAUGACCAGUAGAGAGCUCACCCUCAACACUGCAGCUUGUCGCCUGCUGCAGAAUAUCAUGCCUGGGUUGGAGACUGCUGUGGUCUUUCAGGAGAAGGAGGGCAUAGUGGAGAGGCUUUUUAAAUGGGCCCAGGAGGCGGAGCAGCCCCUGAGAAUCUAUGCUACAGGCCUGUUGGCUGGAGCAAUGGAGAACCAGGACAUCGCUGCCAACUACAGGGAGGAGAACUCUGUCGUGGUGCCUCUGAUGCUGCAGCGGCUACGCGAGUUGCAGGCCAAGGACACUGAAAACCGGAAGGGGUUUAAACGGCCCAGUCCCAGGAAGAGCCUGGGGGAACCUCUCCUUCCUCUGGAUGAGGAGACGGUCGACGGGGGCUUCGAGGACAUCCCUUUCCCCCCGGGGAAUGAAGGCAUUGAGAGGAAUGAGAAGGGAUCCGAUGAGGACCGAGUGGAGAUCCACAGCCACAAGUCUUACAGCGAGAUCUCCUUCCACCUCAACUACCUUAACCACACCCACAAGACCAGUAGCUGCGCUAACUCCGCUGUCAAAGGACUGAUGAAGCCUGCGUCUGCCCCGCCGCCUCUGUCCCACCGGGACUUCCCCGACGGCAGGGAGGAGGGCAGCACUCACCUCAAGAGGAGAACAGAGAGGGAGAAUGGACGGAAGGUGAAACAGAAACUGAACUUCUCCCUGCCAGACCCGGAGAGGAACUUCAGCGAGCUGUCCAACAGCAGCUGGUCUGAGAUGAGCCCCUGGGUGAUUGGGAACAACUAUCACCUUUACCCUCUGACCCCAGAGAUGGAGCAGAGGCUCAUCCUACAGUACCUCACCCCUCUGGGAGAGUACCAGGAGCUUCUGGCAGUCUUCAUGCAGAUGGGAGCCUGUGAGCUGCUCAUCCAUUACAUGGACCUGAAGCAGACCAACGAUGUACAGCUCACCUUUGAGGCUCUCAAGUAUCUAGCCUCCCUGCUCCUGCAUAAGAAGUUUGCUGCCCAGUUUGUGGUCCAUGGAGGGGUUCAGAAGCUGUUGGAGAUCCCCAAGCCUUCCAUGGCUGCCACAGGGGUGUCUCUGUGCCUCUACUACCUGGCCUACAACCAGGAUGCCAUGGAGAGGGUGUGUAUGCUGCCCCACUCUAUCCUGUCUGACGUGGUAAGCUACAGUCUGUGGCUGUUGGAGUGUUCCCACGCCUCGGGCUGCUGCCACGCCACCAUGUUCUUCUCCAUCACUUUCUCCUUCCGAGCAGUGCUGGAACUCUUCGACAGGCAGGACGGCCUCCGGCGCAUGGUCAACCUGAUCAGCACAUUAGAGAUCCUGAACCCUGAGGACCAGGGUGCCCUGCUGAGUGAUGACCAGAUCUUCUCCAGCAGGCAGACGGCCAAGCACACCUGCAUGGCCCUGCGCAGGUACUCCGAGGCCCAUCUGGCCAUCAAGGUGGAGCAGGUCAAGCAGUCCCUGCAGCGGACUGAAGGAGGUGCUCCCAUUCACCCACAGCCUUACUACAAGGCAUGUAGUUACACCCACGAGCAGGUGGUGGAGAUGAUGGAGUUCCUGAUUGAGUACGGCCCAGUCAGGCUGUACUGGGAGCCUGCAGAGGUUUUCCAUAAGCUCUCCUGUGUGCAGCUUCUCCUGCAGCUCAUCUCCAUUGCCUGUGACUGGAGGACCUACUACGGCAGGAGUGACACAGUGCGUUAUGCCCUGGACAUACUGAGCAUCCUGACGGUGGUCCCUAAGACCCAGCUGCUGAUGUCGGAGUCUGUGGCCGUGCUGGAUGGGGAGGGGGGCAACGCCAUCUCCACCGUGGGUAUGGGUGUAGUCCUGGUGGUGGCAGAGGGAGAGGUGUUUGUGAACGAUGCCGAGAUUCAGAAGUCUGCUCUGCAGGUGGUCAUCAACUGUGUGUGUGCUCCAGAUAAACGCAUGUCCGGCAUCGGCAAGUUCAUCUCUGGCACGCCCCUCAGACGUCUACCCCAGAGCACCAAGAACAGCGAGAGCGUGCUCACCAAGAUGUGGAAUGUGGUGCAGUCCAACAACGGCAUCAAGGUACUGCUGUCCCUGCUGACGGUGAAGAUGCCCAUCACAGAUGCGGAUCAGAUUCGGACGCUGGCCUGUAAGGCCCUGGUGGGUCUGUCCCGCUCCAGCUCAGUCAGACAGAUUAUCAGCAAGCUGCCUCUCUUCAGCAGUGGACACAUCCAGCAGCUCAUGAAGGAGCCCGUGCUCCAGGACAAACGCAGCGAACACGUCAAGUUCUGCAAGUUUGCGGCAGAGCUAAUCAAGCGGGUGUCUGGUAAACCCCUCAUGAUCGGGACGGAUGUCUCCCUGGCCUGGCUGCAGAGGGCAAACGUGGUGGCCCAGUCCAGAAUAUCCUUUCCUGAGAAGGAGCUACUGCUGUUGAUCCGGAACCACCUGGUGGUCAAGGGUCUGCAUGACACUGCCACCACACUCACCAAAGAGGCCGACCUCCCCAUGGCCAUCCUCCCCCACCCAUCUUCCUCAGCUUUGCUUCCUGUCGUUGUUCCCCCUGCUUCUCCUGCCCCUGCCCUCCCCCGGACCCCUCGGCUGGCCAAUGGGGUCACAGCACGGUUGGUGAGCCACAGCUCUCAUCCGUCCGUGCUGUUGUCAGUUCACCCCCAGCCUCGUCCCUCGACGUCGCAACUCCUCAUGGUACCUCCGGCCGCCCCUCCCCUGUUGACCCCUCACCAAAGCAACGGCUCUCCCCUGAUUGGGCGGAUCGUGUUCAUGCGAGAGCGCCCGUCGCCGUGCCCCGUGCCUGCCAUCUGUAAGAAGCCGCGGGUGCUGAGGCAGAAGUCAGACUACGGUGCCUUCAGCCAGAGUCCAGCCAUGAAGAAACAGCUGGACAGACACCUGCCCUCUCCACCCGCCCUGGACAGCAUCAUCACAGAGUACCUGAGGGAGCAGCACGCGCGCUGCAAGAACCCCGUUACCACCUGCCCCCCCUUCUCCCUCUUCACCCCCCACCAGUGCCCUGAGCCCAAGCAGAGGCGCCAGGCCCCAACCAACUUCACCUCCCGACACACACGCAGGGUUGUCUACCCAAAAUACGGAGGGGUGGAUGGCGGCUGCUUCGACCGACACCUCAUCUUUAGCAGGUUCCGACCCAUCUCUGUGUUCAGGGAAGCAGACGAGGAUGAGAGUGGGUUCAUGUGUUGUGCCUUCUCUGCCCGUGAGCGGUUCCUGAUGCUGGGGACGUGUACGGGCCAGCUCAAACUCUACAAUGUGUUCACAGGCCAGGAGGAGGCCAGCUAUAGCUGCCACAGCUCUGCCAUCACACACCUAGAGCCAUCACGGGAUGGCUCUCUGUUGUUGACGUCAGCAUCAUGGAGUUAUCCUCUGUCUGCACUGUGGGGCAUGAAGUCAGUGUUCAUCAUGAAGCAUUCCUUCUUAGAUGACCAUUAUGUGGAGUUCAGUAAACUUUCACAAGACCGAGUCAUUGGCACAAAGGAACACAUAGCUCAUAUCUACGACAUCCAGACAGGGCAGAAGACCCUCACCCUCCACUACCCGGACCUGUCCAACAACUACAAGAGGAACUGUGCAACCUUUAACCCCACCGACGACCUGGUGCUGAACGACGGCGUGCUGUGGGAUGUGCGCUCAGCUCAGGCCAUCCACAAGUUUGACAAGUUCAACAUGAACAUCAGCGGAGUGUUCCACCCCAAUGGCCUGGAGCUCAUUGUCAACACUGAGAUUUGGGACCUGCGGACCUUCCACCUGCUCCACACAGUGCCAGCUCUGGACCAGUGCAGGAUCGUCUUCAACAACAACGGCACGGUCAUCUACGGAGCGAUGCUACAGGCAGAUAAUGAGGACGAUCUAUUGGAAAUGCAGAUGAAGACUCCCUUUGGCUCCUCCUUCAGGACGUUCAACGCCACUGACUACAAACCCAUUGCCACCAUCGACGUGAAGAGGAAUAUAUUUGACCUCUGCACGGAUACUAAGGACUGCUACCUGGCUGUGAUCGAGAACCAAGACUCGGUCAACACAGACACGGUGUGCAGACUGUACGAGGUGGGACGCCAGAGACUGGCUGAGGAGGAGGAGGAUGAGGAAGAUCAGGAGGAUGACGAUCAAGAGGAUGACGAUGAUGAUGAAGAUGACUCUGAUGACGACAUCGACACAGACCCACUGGUUGCCGAGCUGGAAAAUGAAAAUGGAGGAGAGGACGAGGAAGAUGGGAACAAUGAAUUCUCUCCCUCUGACGAUGAAGAGGUAGCUCGUCUGCUUGAGGGGGAUGAUGACGAUGACUCGGAUGAGGAAGAUGGGGACCUUGCCCUGGAUAACAUUAUUUGUAACUUCCGGGGCUCAGUAUGUCAGGCCCUGGUUCUGGAGAUAGGAGAGACGGUGCAGAUCCUGGAGAAGAGUGAAGGUUGGUACAGAGGGUUUUCCACCAAGAAGCCUUCAAUCAAGGGUAUAUUCCCAACCAACUAUGUGCACCUGAAGAAAUCCACAGUCACCAACAGAGGGCUGUGUGAGACGGUGGUGCCUCUGGAAGAUCCCAUUAUCACUGAGACCACCUCCACCCUGCAGGAAUGGGGCGUGCUGUGGAAGCAACUCUACGUGAAGCACAAGGUGGACCUGUUCCACAAGCUGCGUCAUGUGAUGAAUGAGCUCAUUGACCUGCGCCGGCAGCUCAUCCAGGGUCACCUGGCCCAGGACCAGACCAGAGAGAUCAAACGCCACAUAACCGUGCGCCUGGACUGGGGCAACGAGCACCUUGGCCUGGACCUUGUUCCUAGAAAGGAGUUUGAAAUGGUGGAUCCGGAUCAUAUCAGUGCAUCUGAACUCUACAAAAUGCAUGCAUCCAGCAGACACUGUGGCCAGCCAAGCACAAACCAGUGUUCGUCGUCCGAUCGUUCUCAGGGCGACAGCGUGCGUCAGCGCCAUGGAGACGGUUGCCGUGUUCCGGUGCAACACCACCUCUUCAUCAACCUGAAGAGUUUCACCUACAACACCAUCAGCGAGGAGGCAGAUGUCUUCUUCUCCCUCUACGACACCCGUGACAACAAACAGAUCAGUGAGAAGUUUAUGGUGAGACUGAACAAAAGUGGAGGACCAAAGAACCCAGAGAAGGUGGACCGUCUGUGUGCUCUCUUCACGGAUCUGAGCAGUAAAGACCUGAAGAGAGACCUGUACAUUGUAGCACAUGUCAUACGAACUGGUCGUAUGUUGUUGAAUGACUCAAAGAAGGGUCCGCCCCACGUGCAGUACAGGAGACCGUACGGCUGUGCUGCUCUGGCCAUGAGUGACGUGUUUCACACCAUCACAGACCUCCAAGAGGAGAAGGACUUUGUGCUCAAAGUUUACACAUGUAAUAAUGAGAACGACUGGUUUCAGAUCCACGAGAACAUCAUCCGCAAGUCUAGUACCAAGUACUCAGCUCCUAGCACCAACUAUGGCCUCAUCAUCUCUCUACAGCUGCUGCGGGGGGAGCUGGAUCAGAUCAGGAGGGAGAAUCAUGCUGUGUUCAGCAGGUCCCUGGCCAUCAUGCGCAAACUCGGCUUCUCUGAUGUCAUCAUGCCAGGUGACACUCGUAAUGACCUGUACCUGACCCUGGAGCGUGGGGACUUUGAGAGGGGGGGCAAGAGUGUCCAGAAAAACAUUGAGGUCACUGUCUAUGUGCUUUACGCUGAUGGGGACACACUCAAGGACUGUAUCAGUCUGGGUAGUGGGGAGCCAAACACAAGUGAGCACCGGUCCUUUGUCCUCUACCACAACAACAGCCCUCGCUGGAGUGAGAUGAUCAAACUACCCAUCCCCAUAGACCGCUUCAGAGGAUCACACCUGCGCUUUGAGUUCAGACACUGCUCCACUAAAGACAAAGGGGAGAAGAAGCUGUUUGGGUUUUCCUUCACUCCUUUGAUGAGGGAGGAUGGUACCACGCUAUCAGAUGAGAGCCAUGAACUCUAUGUCUAUAAGUGUGAUGAGAAUGCAACGUUCAGUAACCAGGGACUGUACCUGAGCAUGCCCUGCUGUAAGGAGGACUUCAACAGCUGCCCCAACCUGCCCUCCACCCUGCCCUUCCAGAGGAACCCCAAGGAGACCUUCUGGGUCUCCACACAGCUUUGCUCCACCAAGCUCACCCAGAAUGUGGACCUCCUGGCCCUACUGAACUGGAAAGCCCACACUGACCGGGUGUUGGACAUCCUGGGCAGACUACGCCACAUCAAUGGAGAGGAGAUUGUCAAGUUCCUACGAGAUGUCCUGGAUACACUGUUUUGUCUCCUGGAUGACAACACCGAUAAAUACGGACCACUGGUUUUCCAGUCAUUGGUGUUUAUCAUCAACCUUCUCAGGGACAGUCGUUUCUACCACUUCCGGCCUGUUAUGGAGGCCUACAUACAGAACCACUUUGCAGGAGCUCUGGCCUACAAAGAGCUAAUCCGCUGUCUGAAGUGGUACAUGGACCGCUCUGCUGAGGUUGUCAGACAGGACCACAUCCAAGAGGCCAUGAAGGCUUUGGAGUACCUGUUUAAGUUCAUUGUCCAGUCUCGGAUCCUGUACUCGCGGGCGACCUGUGGUAUGGAGGAGGACCAGUUCAGAGCCAGCAUCCAGGAACUCUUCCAGUCCAUCCGCUUUGUGUUGAGUCUGGACAGCCGCAGCUCUGAGACCCUCGUCUUCACACAGGCGGCGUUGUUGAACAGUUUCCCAGACAUUUUUGACGAGCUGCUGCAGAUGUUCACAGUGCAGGAGGUGGCUGAGUACGUCCGGGGCACGCUGGGGAGCAUGCCCAGUACGGUGGACAUCGGCCAGUCUAUGGACGUGGUCAAACUGCAGUCCAUCGCCCGCACCGUCGAGAGCAGGCUCUUCUUCUUCCCUGAGUCUCGUAGUAUCUUGCUGCCGGUGGUCCUGCAUCACAUCCACCUGCACCUACGCCAGCAGAGGGAGCUGCUGAUCUGCUCAGGAAUUCUCACCAGCAUCUUCUCCAUCAUCAAGACCAGCUCUAUGGAGUCUUCUGUGCAGGAGGAGGUAGAGAUGAUGGUGGAGAGCCUGUUGGAUGUUCUGCUCCAGACUCUGUUGUCCAUCAUGUCCAAGUCUCAGUCUCUGGAGACGGCUAGGGGGCAGCGCUGUCCCCAGUGCACCGCUGAGAUCACGGGGGAGUAUGUGUCCACUCUGCUGUCUCUACUCAGACAGAUGUCAGAGAUCCACUUCCACCACCUGCUCAACAACUUCCACAGCAAAGAGGAACUCAAGGAGUUCCUGUUGAAGAUCUUCUGCGUGUUCCGGAACCUGAUGAAGCUCACCAUCUUCCCCCGAGACUGGAGUGUCAUGCGGCUACUGACCAGUCAUGUCAUUGUGGCGACAACACAGUACCUGUCUCCAGCGUUACACAAGAACUUCUCAGAGGCGGAUUUUGACUUCAAGGUGUGGAAUUCCUUCUUCAGCCUGACGGUCCUGUACAUCAACCAGCCCAGUCUGCAGUUGGAGCCCUUGACCCAGGCCAAGAGGAAGAAAGUCCUGGACAAGUAUGGAGAUAUGAGGGUGAUGAUGGCCUAUGAGCUCUUCAGCAUGUGGCAGAAGCUUGGUGAGAAUAAGCCUCACUUUAUCCCUGGAAUGAUGGGUCCGUUCCUGGGAGUGACGCUGGUGCCUCAGUGCGAAGUCCGGAAUAUCAUGAUCCCCAUCUUCCAUGACAUGAUGGACUGGGAGCAGAGGAAGAACGGCAACUUUAAGCUGGUGGAAGCAGAGUUGAUGGACAAGCUGGAGAGUAUGGUGGCUGAUGGGAAAGGGGACGGCAAUCACAGAGAGCUCUUUGGCUUGCUGACCCAGUUGUUUGGGCCUUACCCCAGCCUACUGGAAAAAAUUGAGCAGGAAACAUGGAGAGAGACAGGCAUUUCGUUUGUCACCUCCGUCACGAGACUGGUGGAGCGCUUGCUAGACUACAGGGACUGUAUGAAAGGAGAUGAGAUGGAGAACAAGAAAAUGGGUGGUUCUUCCAACCUCAUGAACUUCUACAAGUCAGAGAUCAACAAGGAGGACAUGUACAUCCGCUACAUCCACAAGCUGUGUGACCUGCACCUGCAUGCAGAGGACUACACGGAGGCAGCAUUUACCUUGCUGCUGUACUGGGAGCUGCUGCACUGGGAGGACCGACCCCUCAGAGAGUUCCUCCACUACCCCACACAGAGCGAGUGGCAACGCAAAGAGGGCCUCAGCCGCAAAGUGCUCCACUACUUUAACAAGGGAAAGUGUUGGGAAUAUGGAAUAUCACUCUGCCGGGAACUGGCUUUCCAGUAUGAAACCUUAUAUGACUACCAGAGCCUGAGCUGGAUACGGAAAAUGGAGGCUGCGUACUAUGACAACAUCAUAGAACAGCAGAGGAUUGAACCAGAGUUCUUUAGGAUGGGCUUCUAUGGCAGGAAGUUUCCUUUUUUCCUCAGGAAUAAGGAGUUUGUUUGCCGGGGAUAUAACUAUGAACGACUGGAGGACUUUCAGCAAAGGAUGCUGGGAGAAUUCCCACAUGCCAUUGCCAUGCAGCACCCCAACCAACCAGAUGACGCCCUCCUACAAAGUGAUGUUCAGUACCUGCAGAUCUAUGCGGUUACCCCAGUGUCAGACAUCACUGACGUGCCUCAGCUGGAGCGCGUACCCGAGAGGAUCAAGAGCUUCUACCGCAUUAACAAUGUCACUCGCUUUCACUAUGACAGACCCUUCCACAAGGGACCCAAGGACAGGGAGAAUGAGUUCAGGAGCCUGUGGAUCGAGAGAACCACCCUGAUUCUGUCUCGUCCUCUCCCGGGCAUCUCCCGCUGGGCUGAGGUGGAGAGGAGAGAACUGUUGGAGGUGAGCCCUCUGGAGAAUGCCAUCUACGUGGUGGAGAAUAAGACCCAGGAGCUGCGGACCCUGAUUAGCCAGUACCAGAACAGACAGCACCAUGGCAACAUUAACCCCCUCAGCAUGCUGCUCAACGGGGUCAUAGACGCUGCCGUCAAUGGGGGCAUUGCCAGAUACCAGGAGGCGUUCUUUGAAAAGGACUACAUGAACAGCCACACAGAGGACACAGAGAAGAUCACUCAGCUCAAAGACUUGAUGCAGGAACAGGUUCACAUCCUUGGAGUGGGGCUGGCCGUCCAUGAGAAGUUGGUGCACCCAGAAAUGCGUCCCCUGCACAAAAAGCUGAUAGAUCAGUUCCACAUGAUGAGGACUGGUUUACAUCAGUGUUAUUAUGUGGCCCAGCAGGGGUUGCCAGCAGCCUGCACUGGAGUCAACAAUCCCAGAGGCAUCCUGACCGCUCACAGCCACAUGAGCCCAGAAAGUGUCCGUCUGAUUCACAGACACAGCCCUAUGAACCUGCAGGGUUCUAUCCGUCAGUCCUCCUCCUCCCUCUCUUCUCACACCUCCAGCGAGGCGGGAGGAAACCUGGUCAUCCUGACAGACAGCCUAUUGGGAGAGCAUCCUGAGGACACGGCUCACAUGGAGCCAAGCCCCUCCUCCUCCAGUCUGAGCUCCAUUCGGUCCACCUCCUCCCAGGUUAUUAACUCUGCCCCAUCUAGUGCCAGAGGCUCUCCGUCCCUGCCGGAUAAAGCCAAACACAACCGGGAGGUGAUGCUGCUGCCGCCUCACCAGAGAGUCAACAACACCAUGUACUACACCAUGACUGAGAACGGACAGAGCAACCAUCAGCAACGUGCCUUACUCCAGCAAGUGAACCCCUCUAAGCCGUGUGUUGACCCUCCCAUGAACUUGCCAGAGAAAGUGUUCCCUAGUGGCCCGAGCAGCUGGAGUCUAGAUGGCGAGGGCAGGGAGACAGUGCCCUACAUCCAGGGACCUACAGGGGGCAUCAUCAUGCCCCCUGUCCCACCCAGGUCCUUCCCACCAGGUCAUUUCCUGAUGCACUUUGAUGCGUUCCACCACCAGAACAGUGACCCACCCCCGGCACUGCCUGUUCGCUCUCUCAGAAAGUCUCCUCUCCACCCCAUACCUGGCUCCCCCACUAGUCCUCAGUCAGCCCUGGGGGGCAGUAAUUCCACCCUCUCGGGCAGUGCCAGCAGCGGGGUCUCCUCUCUGAGCGAGAGUAACUUUGGGGCCCAGUACCCCGAUGCCCAAACUGUGCGGAAUGAUGCCAUGGAGCCCUUACCCAGCCACCUGUGGACCCCUGAUGAGUACCUGGCCUCUCCCUAUCUGCACAUCCACUACAGUGGGCCAGAACCAGAGUCCCUCGACCAUGUCCGACCCUUUCACUACCGUAACCCUGUCUCACACCUCCCCCAAUCCCAAACUCACUUCCACCCCCACUCUCACCACCAACCGGCCAUCCUUGACGGCCAACCUCAUCCCCACGGGCCCACCCACCACCAGGUACCCCUCCACGGCCCACACCACAUUCCUUACCGGCGCCCUCAGCCCCCAGCUGUGCCCCCCAAGCCCUACCUGAGGGAAGGGUGCAUCCCUGAGGAGGACCUGAGCUCCCUGGUGCCCCAGCCCAUCCCCCUUCCUCGGAGGAUCUUCCACUCCCCCCAUAGCCACAGAGAGGAGCUAGCCAAGGCUGCCUGGGAGCAGUGCAUCAGCGAGGAGCACGAGGAGACACCAUGAGGAGACUACAGGGCUGGGCCUCUUGGUACAUCUUACUAGUCUAAAGUGGCUCCCUUCCUGUUGUCUCCUUGCCAUCAUCUGUAUUGAUGUGAAAGAACAUGGGCUGGUGAAUCAUGCAAAUACAUUGUAGGCAUUAAAAAUAUUGCUGUCAUCCAUCCCAUGUUUUUAUAUCAGAGCAGAUGAAGGGGAGAGGAAGCCACUUUUAGACUAUUGAGUUACACCUUCACUCUCCCCAGUGUAUUCAGUCUGAUUCUGAAUGGAUGAAGCAGCAUCAUAGGAAUUAAUAAGGGAAUAGUAUCUGUUGGACAAUAUGACCGAUAAUAAUCACUUUGUUUAAAUAUAUGUUGACUGUACACUGUUGUACAACUAGUCUGUGAGCAUGUUUAAUUUAAUUUGAGAACAUUAUACAGCCGUUUUGUGAAACAUGACGAUCCUCAUCAACAUGAUCAACCCAUACGAUCCCCAAACAGAAUCCCCCCUCCCUUUUCCACAACGAAAGGCAACUGCACAAAAUUAUACUCUUAGUAAAGCCAUGAUGACUUUUCUGCUUUUAAUACUCCAUAUAUCUAUCCUAUUAUUUUGAUACACUUGCUACAGUAUGUAUGGGGUUUUCAAAUGGACUUUCCAUCCUCUGAUUUACAAAACGCUGUAUAGUGCUUCACCAUAUGACAUUCUCCAAUCUUCUGUUCUAUUCUGCUACCUGCUUCUCAUUGAAAGCAGGUCUGUUGUUUGGACCUGGGUCACUCUUCUUGACCAAAGCCUCUAGGGACAUAUAAACCUCAGUUUAGGAUUAUCCCUCCAUACAGUACGUAUGGAAAACAAUGUGAAUGUAUUCAAACAAGAUGUUCUGUUUUGUAUGACACAAGUGGCAGGUCUUCUUUUCUGUUCAUGUGAAGUUGUCUUUAUUACAGUCUUCUUGCCUUUUGUGUAACAGACUGAAAUAUCUCACGAGAGGAGCGUGAAUGUGACCCAGACUGACAGAGCUGAUAAAUCCCUGGGAGGACUACAAGGGAGGGGUGGGAUUGUCCGGUGCCACAGAGAGCUCUGGAACAACAGCGAGUUCCCAAUGUCAGUUGCACAGGUUGAGUUGGACUCCAUAAGACUGGAUUGUUCCUUGAAAGGAGAUAGUGAUGGAUAAAAUGAACCAUGGUGAAAACAUCCUUAACCCUCAACUAGGAGUAAGAUGAGAAGUAGCGAAGAAUAAUGGCUCAACAGUACCUCAACCAUCUACUGGACUAACUAUACUCGUAAAAACAAUUAUCACACCCUCUCUCUGCCUCUCUAUGUUUCAAGACCAUGGCAAUUAACAAGUAAUACAUAUGGACUGUGUGUAAAAGGACUAAAGGCAAUGACAUAGCUCCUGUCAGUUACCUGUUCUACUCACCGUCACCCCCCUCUGCCCACCGAAUGACAAAUCCAAACUCCCUCAAACAGUGUUCUAAAACAACUACCUGCCUUAAGUGCACUGAAAUGCAGUAUCAGUCUCUCAUUCUGACACCUCCCUUGACUGUUUCAGUGAAGCUCAUGAAAUGACGGCUCUCAUUUUUUCAUCACGUUCUCUACGCUUUCCGAACAAACCUCAUGAUAUCUACAUCUGUUUUGUCCUGCCUUUGGUUUGUAGAGCUACAGUAUACUUAGUUUUUGCCUGCAGUUUCUCUUCACUCUGAUCUGCAAUAGAGAGAUGUUUGUGUGUACAGAGGAGGAGUAUGAGAAGCUCAGACAGGACCAUGAGGUUGACCUCCUUGGGCAAUGAAAGUACAACAGACAGUGUUUGCUGAGAUGUAAUGUAUAACCAACCAGUGGGUUGGAAAAUACAGGUCUUUGUUUCCCCGUGUAGUUUUUUUGCAGGUGAAUGCUUUGCUUUGUGUUCUUGCACAUUAGGUUGUCCACUGAUCAGACAACAUCUAUUUUUGUAUGCAGGUACAUCCAGUUGUGAGGACAUAGUUCACCGAUGUCUCAUGGAAGGAUGCAGGGUAUGUUUUGCAGACUGUGGAAUUAGUAUGGAAGAACAGAACUAUGGAUCAAAUAUAAGAUGAAAGUCAGAUGUAUGGGGAGGCUGAUGUUUGUGUGAAGAGGAGCGAUACUCAGAUCAAAUAUAGGUACAAUAGAAUUUUUCAAUGUAAAUUCUGUUACUGUACAUACAGCGGUAUUGUGAAAUAUUUUUGAAAAUUAUUGCAGACCCCCCCUAAAAUAAUUUUAUUGUUGUUUUGUGUAAAUACAUGUACUCCAGAAAUCGAUGUAAUUGAUGAAUAUCUAUAAUCAAUGUUUAAAGAAGACAAAUACAUUAGACUGUGGUUGUCUGCAUUGUUCUUGACUUCAAGUCUUCAAAUAUAAAUACUUUAUACACUUUUCAAUGUGCUUUCUUGUACAGAUGGUGUUAGCAUGAUCAAACAGUGUUUGGUUGUAAAGGUGGUUUUCCUACUCCCAUAACUGCUGUGGUAUGGAUUCAUUAACAAUGCCAAACAUUAAAGACAAUCUUUUAUCA